UCACGUUGAAGGGCACACGCACAUAGGCUUAUAAUGAAUGUACGAUAAGCGAAACAAUCUUCUUGUUUUGAUUAUUUGAAUUGAUUUCGUGUACCUACAGUAUCAUCAUAUCAUCAUCCAUUUUGUGUCUGUUUUGUUUUGUUUUGUUUUCACCAAUCAAAAUAUAAAAAAUGUUGUUCGGUUUCGGUGGUUGUGAUCAAUCAUAUAAUCGUCGUGAUGAUGAUGAUGAUGAGAAUAUAAUUCCAUCACGUGUUGCCCAAAUACAUUUCGAUGGGCUUGAUCGUACUAAACAUGAUAUUCUACAUGAAUUAGUAAAGCCAAUUCUACAAUCAAAUGAUCUGCCUGAAACAUUGCUAAAUGUUAAUUUUGUUCGACAACGUUUCUAUGAGCUUGGCCUUUUUCGAAAUGUACAGGUUUCGAUCGAUACGAUCAAUAAGGAUUCGGUGAAUAAUGAACCACAGGAAGGUCCAGUUGAAUUAUCCAUCACAUUCAAUGUGGAUGAAACACGAAGAUAUGCCGGUGGUGUAUAUGUUGCCGGUAAUCAUAAUGAAGUAUCUGGUAAUGUCGAACUACGUAGUCCGAAUCUAUUCGGAAGAGGCGAAGAAAUACGAUGCCAAUUUGAACAUACCCUACGAUAUUAUGCAACAUAUUCGGCGACAUUUUCCAAACCAUUAAUUCGAACGCCAUGGCAAAGUUUAAGAUCAAGUUUAGACCUAACUAUGCUGCAAUUAUCCAAAUAUUGUCAAUGGAGCGGUUAUAAAGAAUUGAAUCGUAAUUUAUUGAUUGGCCUCAAUAUUCAACCACAUCGUCUACAUCGACAUUUAUUGCAGUGGGAAACAUCAUGGCGAUAUUUAUCCGGACUUGGUAAUGCCGAUUUUCAAAUAAUCGAACAAUUCGAUCAUUCGAUGAAGUCAUCAUUAUCACAUACAUACAUCUAUGAUAGACGAGACAAUGCUGUUUUACCGACCAAAGGUACUAUGUUCAAAAUGUUCAAUGAAUAUGCUGGCUUUCAAAAGUAUGCCGCCUCGUUUCGUAAACAUGAGUUUGAAUUUCAACAUAAUCUUGCUUCAUUUUUACAAUUAUCAUUCAAGGGUGGAGCGAUGAAAAGUUUCAACAAUACAACAGUGAGUGACCGAUUUUUCCUUGGUGGUCCACUAAAUCUUCGUGGAUUCCAAAUGUGUGGUGUUGGACCUCAUGGUCAGGAUGGUAUUAGCGCGUUGGGUGCAUUGAAAUAUUGGGUUGGAUCCGUACAUUUACAAUAUCCAUUGCCAUUCAAAAAUAGCUUCGAUCAAUAUCUGCGUUUGCAUGGAUUUUUACAGGCCGGUUCUAUAUCGGAUAAAUUCAGCGAACUAACCGAAAAUAUUCGAACAUCAUGUGGUGGUGGAUUAAUAUUUGCCUUUGGAAAUAAUGUACGUCUUGAAUUGAACUAUUGUCUACCAUUAUUCAAUCAAACAUAUGAUAAAAUACAUCGAGGUAUUCAAUUCGGCAUCGGAAUGUCCUAUGUUUAGACACAAUUGACAGCAAAUUUGAAAAAUUCUGAUUUUUUUUUUUUUGUAAAAUUCUAGUUUUAAUUGAUUCUUGAAAUUCUUCAAUGAUUGAGAUUGUUAUAAUAUCUGAGGGAAUAAAUUAUUUUUCAAUAAACUCGAAAUAAAUAACUUA